AUGGUGAAGGCCAUGAAGUCCAAGAAGGCCGCCAAGGCAACCAAAGCCGCCGUGGCCCGAAAGGCGAAUGCCAAGGCCGCGGCCACCAAGCGGCUGCAGGACAAGGACGACCUCGACGAGAUGAAGAAGGGGGCCCAGCGCGCCAAGAAGGGCAAGCGCACCAUCGACGAGGCCACAGAGAAGGCCGUGGCCGACAACUUCCCCGGAUGGACCGUGACGGAGACUCACGUCAACAAGCUCGGCAUUGAGGGCACUGUGUUUGACCAGGUCAAGAGGGACAAACUGCGCAAGCUGGACGGCGAGGACAUAACCAUGGGGAAAACGUACUACAACGACCUUCGCAUCAAGAACCAGGAUCCCAACUCGCCCCUGGCACAAAUGCAAGUCGAAGACGACAGCCAGGAGAUGGACGAGUCUCUCGAGGCUGCGAUCAUGGACCUGCUCGAGACGAAGCGUUGCUUGAUCCUGUGGCACGAUUGGUGCGAGAACGUUGCUGAUGUGAAUCAGCGCAACUUCGCUGCUGCGGCGCAGCAGGUCUUGAAGACACCCCCGAUGAAAAACUUGGACAAUGCGCAGAUUUGUUUGAGCUUCUUGAGGCUCAUCCUGCGGCUUGGCCUCCAUGAGAAAUUCAAGAAGUACACCGACCUCAUGCACGACCAUUUGGAUUACUCCGUGGUGAAAGAGCUGCUCUCCUACAAGGCGCAGGGCAAGACGUCGUACGAGUGGUGGUGCGAGGCGUCCGAUUACGCGUCCCAUUUCGCCCCGAGGGCCGAGACAGAGGUGUGCUUCAAGCAGGAGGGGAAGUGGACGGAUUGCCAGGACCAGCUUCGAAAAGUCACCGCUUCAAGCUUCAUCGGGGCGCGCUUGUUCGGGCGGGCGCUCAAACAGAUCGACGUUGACCGCGGCGCGGUGCUUGUCGACAGGGCCAUCGUAUCGCUGGAGGCCGAGGCCAGGAUCAACAAACCGGUCCUUGCAACGAAUCGCGCAGGUUUCUUGAGGUCCAUGAAGGACGAGGGCAUGGACGCGAACUCCCGAUUCCCCAAAGUCCGCAUUUUCGACAUGAAAUAUCGUGGAUCCCCUUCGCCAGCGCCGUGCAUUUCGCACUUGGACUACUACACUUCCGCGGUGGAGUCACGCUGCCGCGCGUGGCUUGUGGAGAACGGGAAGGUGAAAAAGAUGUGGUGCGAGGACCAACUUGCUGAGCGAGAGCCCGUGCAGAAGGAUAUAUCCGACGCUUGCAUCAGCAAGGGUGGCAAGUUGGUGCGGCAGACCCUGGCGGACUCGCUCGAUGACGACGAGGCCUCGGCAGUGUCCAUCAUGGCGCUCAUGAAGAAGAAGCGCUCGUGGAUGGACUCCAACGACCGUUUCAGCAAGAUCGAGCGUGGCUUUUGGGAGGCGGUGACGGGCACCAUGGCGCAGUCGCGCUUGGAGGGCAAGGUGAUCGGGUGCUUCCCCACCCCGCCCCUCCGCAAGAAGGAUUCGGAGAUCUUGGCGAACUUCGAGAGUAUCAACACGUCCCAGCUGCUGUACUUUUGCGGCGCGUCCUCGAAGUCAUGGUGGACGACGGUUUACGGCUACGUGAAGGCGAUCUGCGCCGGCGCGGCCCCGGGGCUGGAGAAGGCCAAAGAGUCGGACUUCAUGACGAAGUUCCAGGAAUGCCUCAAAAACCAAUGCGAGUUCGAGGAGGCGGCUGGCAGUGAUGGGGCGGCGGGGACGCUCUAUGGCCAGGCCGCCAUCGCGAAGCACUACGAGGCAGUGAAGGCAAAGAUGCAGGAUGCGGAGGCCAAGCUCGUGUACAAGGACAUCAAGGAGGUCAUCAAGUUCGGUUGGGCCCUCGCGCCGAGCGAGAGGCAGUCCGCGGCGAAAGCUCUGACCCUCGCUGGCCCCAAGGGGAAGAACGCCGACGAGAAAGAUGCCAAGGCCAAGAGUCCUGCCGUUAAGAAGGCGGCGGAUGAUAAGAAGGCUUUGGUGAGGUCUCUGUUCAUGAAAAGGAGCCCGCCGUGA